UGUCGCGCGAGAUUGCACCAGUUAAAUUCGGCUCAAGGUGUCUGGAAUAGUCUUGGUGAGGGCCAACUAAGCCUAAAUGAAGCACGCGACGAUGUGAACGGCUCACGACUGGGUAAUGAGGACUCAUCAAUUUCCUUUCUUCUUUCUACAUCUCUACUACGAUCUCUGGGAUCAAUGAAGUUGCUCUUGAAUGUCAAAUUGUUCGACGGAAUGACAAUCGAGCCUGUAAAUAUGAAACAAAUACGCUUCGUUGCUGUUGAAUUUGAGGAUAUUGAUGGCAAACCCAAGCAAAUCAUGAAGACAUAUUUACUUGUGGUAUCCAGGCAAGAUCAAGAAGCAUUGCUGCACGCCAUCUCUUCGCGUGUAGUAAUCGCUAAAAAGAAAACCAAUUUGCCAGCCGAAUCAGAGACCACUGACGAUUUAACUGCAGCUGCAGGCGAUUUUCAAAAGGACAAAAGUAACCUUCAAGAGAUUGCAAGAAGUGCUGUACAGAACAAAUAG